UAAUUAUAAUCAAAUUUAGAGUUUAUUCAAUUAGUCUUUUGCUUCCUGAUACCGGUCACUCCUGUGUGUUUUUGUUUAUUAGUGCACUCUGUGCCAAACAAAGGCAAUGAAGUCAAUUAUUUUUAUAUCGAUUUUAACAAUGUUUGGAAUUGGAUUAACGGAAGGGAGGAUUCAUCUUUUGCCUAUCACAGAUGACGAACGACCUGUCAUUGUCCUGACCUCAUUCGGAUAUUUGAAAGGCGGAUACUUAGAAGUCAAUAUCACAUCUCUCACCAUGACAGGAGCAAAUCAACAAGCAGUGGUUGGAUUUAGUUUUGACAAGUCAAGCAGCAGUGGAACAUCUAGUUAUGUGGAGAGGGAAGAGAGCACUCGUGGUUGUGUUCUGAAUGAGAAGUCUGGAACUGAAACAACUUUCGAGAACGUACCAAGAGCUUUGUUAAAGAUAGUGCAAGAUUCCACUGGAGGGAGCUAUAAACUUGAAGUUAAAGAGAGAGGGCUGUAUGGACUGCAAUUUUAUGAAACAAAGAAGGCUUAUGCGGAUGCUCAUCCAUCUGUUGCAGCGGCUCAAUCUCAGGAUAAAGUGGAAACUCCUACCACCUCCAUAACUCCUACCACAAAAACUACAACAACCACUGAAAAGGCUGAGGAGAAUAAACCAGACACAAAACCAGAUGCAACCUCAAACGAAGCGACAUCAAGAAGAAAGAAGAGAGCUGCCAUUGCAGGAGAUGCCACCAAAGAAGAAACAGAUGCCACAAAAGAUAAUGCUGACGCAGAUCUAUCUUCCCAUAGCCGGGAAUUACAAUGA